AUGAAAAGUUGGAAUUCAAUAAGUUCUACCGUCAACAAAUUGAACAAUUUCUACAAUGAUAUCAGUUGCAGUAAUUUUAAGCUACACUUGCAAGUUCUUAAUUCAACCAUAUACCAGAGAGGACUAUGUGAGGAAGACUUUAAGUUGACGACACCUCCGAUUCUAAGAGGUAUUGUAGUGUUACAGAUACUAAGACCAACUAAGAUUAGUGAUAUAUCCGUCAUAUUUCACGGAGAGCAGAGUGAAACCAUAAUUGAAUUCGAAGCUAUAGACGUUCUGGAACCUUUGUUUGCCAAAAGAAAGAAAACAACCAAACCUCUAGUGAAUGAACUAUUUACCUGGGAUUAUCAAUAUUCGAAAGAAAUACAGAUCGGAACUUAUACUUUCCCAUUUCAUUUCAUAAUUGAUAGCUUAUUACCAGAAAGUUUCAUUAGUCGUCAUUUGAAUAUCUGUUAUAGAAUUGACACCUGUUUGAAGUAUGAAACAAACAACUGUACUGGAAAAAAAAAGGCUCGAAAAGGUCAAGAUAUCAAAUUAAUAAGAUGUGUUCCAGAUACUCUAUUUAAUGACUCAAUAUUGGCUACAGGGAAUUGGAGAGAUUUGCUAGUUUAUGAAUUCAGCUUUCAAAAUAAAAUAGCUUUUCAAGAGUCUCCGUUUUUGUCUAUAUUUAGAAUUUAUCCUAUCGAGCCAGAGAGCCAAUAUUUCACUUUACACGGUGUAUCUAUUUGGAUUGUACAAAAUCUAACGUUUGAUAAAUACGUGUGCUCAAACUACAAAAAGAAAUAUACUGAAACUGACAAGAUUUUAUUAUAUAGGAGAAUGUUCAAUUUUCAGUCCUUAGUAACGAAGAAUGGUUCUUAUAACUUUGAAAUUUGUUUAAAGAUCCCUUCAAAUGGGACGAUAUAUGAUAAGUCAAAUCAAAAAUUGAAGAAAACUAUUUACCCUAGUAUAAAUAAUUCCAAUGAAGGGUUUAUAAGCUCCCAUACUUUGAAAGUUACAGUUGAGGUAAGCGAAUGCGAAAGACAUAAUCAAAUUAAAAAUAAACAGACCUAUGAGGUAUCUAGAACAAAUAGUACCUUCUCAUCUUCCAGUGAAAAAUCCAUGGAGGCGCUUGAUUCGGUUACAUUCCCUGGCUAUUCAAAUUAUCAUGAAAAAAGAACAGAUGCUACAAGAUUCAAGAAAAUCGAACUUUCUUUUACAGCACCUAUAAAGUUAUUAAGUCAUGAUUCAGAAAUUGCAUCCGAAUCACCACCUUGCUAUUCUGAUAUGCAGAAGAGGAACGACAAUAUUGUGAUGGAUCUAAUCUCAGCUAAUAAAUUUGAUAUAGUUCCCCCAGCCUACGAGGAAACAGCUCUUUAA